AUGCCCAGUUCACUUAACGAUAUAAACAUUAUACACCACUCGCCCAUUUUCAAUGAUCGAAUAAAUGGUAUUGGACCGAAAGGAACAUUUUUUGUAAAUGGGGUUGAAUACAAGUAUGUGUACUAUCUUGUUAAUGGAAUUUACCAUGAGUAUGUUGUUUUUGUGAAAUCAUUUUCAAGAGAUGGAACCCUAGAUCCUAAAAGGAUAAAGUUUAGCAAAGUUCACAUGGCAGAACGCAAAGACAUCGAGCGAGCAUCUGGGGUUUUGCAGAAAAUGUGGCGCGUUUUGAGCAUGUCUUGUCGAUUGCAUGAAAAAGAUCAAAUAAGAAACGUGAUGUAUGUGUGCAUCAUUCUACACGAUAUGAUUUUAGAGGAUGAAGGGCGUGCAAUCGUUGAAUAUUAUGGCGAUGAGCCCGGAACAAAUAACGAAGACAUUAGUGACGAAAAGAGAACGCAAAACCAAUAUCUAAUCGAGUCAAGACAAAUAAAUUCAAACAUUCGAGCUGAUUUAGUAGAACAUGUUUCAACACUUCCUAGAUUCGACUCUAAUGAAGACGAAGAUGAAGAUGAAAAUGAUUGA